UGACCAAAGGUCAGUCAUAUAAGUGUGCAUGAACGAUUCAUGCUUCUUCAAAUCGAUCCAAGUACACAUGGAAAUGGCAAGAGAGGGUGAGGUUGAGGACGUGCCGUUGCCAUUGUCACCUCCAAGGAUGAGGUCCAUGAAAAUGGCGGGGACCAAUGCCUUUGGCCACAACAUAGAGUACGUGUCUCAAGCCUACCUCAGCAACCGAUACUCGGAGAUUCAAAUCCAGGACGAGGUCCCCGAAGCCAACUCCAAUCGCCCUCUCCCGAUAUAUCUCAAGUUUGAAGAUGUUCAGUACAAGGUGAAAAGCAGCCGGGCUUCCGAGAAGAACCCGGUCAAAGUGGUAGUGUCGAAGGUGGCCUCGCAAAGGAGCAUGGAGAACAGUAACUACAAGCAUAUCUUGAAGGGUGUGACCGGCGGUGUCGGUCCUGGGGAAAUUCUCGCUUUGAUGGGUCCUUCGGGUAGUGGAAAAACCACCUUACUGAAAGUGAUAGGUGGGAGACUACUGGAAAAUGCCACGGGAACAAUAACUUACAAUGACAUUCCCUACACGCCAGCACUUAAGAGAAGGAUCGGGUUCGUGACGCAAGAUGAUGUGCUCCUCCCGCAGUUGACGGUUGAAGAGACCUUGGUGUUUGCUGCCUUCUUGAGACUUCCAGGCUACAUGAGCCGCCAGCAGAAAUAUGCAAGAGUGGAGAUGAUCAUCAAGGAUCUAGGACUCGAAAGAUGUCGGCACACGAGAAUUGGAGGAGUGUUUGUUAAGGGAAUAUCAGGUGGAGAAAGAAAAAGGACAAGCUUAGCGUAUGAAAUCCUUGUCGACCCGUCAUUACUGUUGCUUGAUGAACCAACUUCAGGACUCGAUUCCACCUCUGCCACUAGACUAUUGCAAAUACUUGAAGGAGUUGCUAAGGCAGGGCGAACGAUAAUAACAACAAUCCAUCAGCCAUCGAGUAGGAUGUUUCACAUGUUCGACAAGCUCCUACUCAUAGCAGAAGGCUAUCCCGUGUACUAUGGAAAGGCCAGAGAGGCUAUAGAGUACUUUUCGUCUUUGAGCUUUAUCCCUGAAAUCGCGAUGAAUCCCGCGGAAUUCUUGCUAGAUCUAGCAACCGGACAGGUAAAGGACAUCAGCAUCCCUGAAGAGCUAUCAGCCCCUCGGGGAAGCACGUGUACCGAGAAGACCGUACUCAAAUAUCUCCAACUUAAGUUUAAGACCCUCUUAGAGCCGAAAGAGCACGAGAAUCACCAAACCACGAGGACGCCAGAACAUCUUCAAGUGGCGAUCCAGAUCAAGAAGGAUUGGACAUUGACUUGGUGGGAGCAAUUCCUGAUACUGACGCGGAGAACAUUUAAAGAGAGGUGCAGGGACUACAUCGAUGUGCUGAGGCUGAUUCAGGCUCUCGGUGUCGCUCUCCUACUAGGCCUGCUCUGGUGGAACUCCAAGAUUGCUACCGAGGCUCAACUCAGAGAUCAGGUCGGGCUGAUGUUCUACAUCUGCAUCUUUUGGACCUCGUCAUCUCUCUUCGGAGCUGUUUAUGUGUUCCCAUUCGAGAAGGUAUAUCUGGUGAAGGAACGGAAAGCAGAUAUGUACCGGUUAAGCGUGUACUACGUGUGCAGCACCCUGUGCGACAUGUUGGCCCAUGUUCUUUACCCAACCUCCUUCAUGAUCAUUCUCUACUUCAUGGCGGGGUUCAAGAGAACAGUGUCUUGCUUCUUCCUCACGUUAGGUGCAGUCCUUUUGAUUGCUGUCACAAGCCAGGGUGCUGGAGAACUGUUUGGGGCUGCGGUUUUGAACAUUAAAAGUGCGGGAAUGGUCGUUUCGCUGUUACUCAUGCUGUUUUUACUCACUGGAGGAUACUAUGUACAGCACAUACCGUAUUUUAUACGGUGGUUGAAGUACUUGUCAUUCAUGUUCCACGGGUUCAGGCUCCUCCUGAAAGUCCAGUACUCUGGCAACGAACUCUAUGAGUGCAAGAGCCAAGGAGGAUGCCGGAAGUUGCAGAGCUCGCCCUCGUUCGACACCGUGAGCUUGGAUGGUGGUUUGCAAGAAGUGUGGAUUCUGCUUGCCAUGGCCCUAUUGUACCGGAUAUGCGCUUAUCUUUGUUUGCGCAAGAGAAUAAGCGAAUGUCACCUGUGAUCAAACGCUGGAUUGACUUGUGCAGCUGAGAAGAUUUUCUUGCCAUAAAAAAUAAAAACUGACUGUUAAAA